UUAAACCGCGCAACGGUCUCACUUCCCUUCCACGCGAUUUUAAACAACAAAAAACGUGUAUUUUUGUUGCCAGCGUGUUUUUCUUGAAAUAAAUCUGUUUCUAACAGAUUUCACUUGACGAAAGACGCAUUUUCAUAAACCAACAGCAUGAGGCGCCCCAAGAAGUACGAAUCCGGCGAGGCCACUCAGUAUAUAAGCCGGCGGGCUGCUCUCAGGAAAUUGCAGCUGUCGCUGAACGAUUUCCGGAGGCUGUGCAUCCUCAAGGGCGUCUAUCCGCGUGAGCCAAAGCACAGACGCAGGGCCCAGAAGGGUUCCUCGGAGAUCAAGGUCUUGUAUCACACAAAGGACAUACGCUUCCUGCUGCACGAGUCCAUAGUGUGGACGCUGCGUGACUACAAGAUCUUCGCCAAGAAGAGCAGCCGCGACCGCGCCAUCAAGGAUUUUCGCAAUUUGAAGCGUCGCCUGGCUUUGUUCCCCGAAAUCAAGCUCGAUCACAUUGUCAAGGAGCGCUAUCCCACCUUUAUUGAUGCCCUGAAGGAUCUAGAUGACUGCCUCACACUUCUGUUCCUGUUCAGCACCUUCCCCUCGCUACACUUGAUUCCCAGGGAGCAGUCGAACCUGUGCCGUCGCCUGACAAUUGAGUUCCUGCACUAUGUGAUCGCCUCCAAGUCCCUGCGCAAGGUGUUCAUCUCGAUCAAGGGCUACUAUUUCCAGGCGGAGAUCAAGGGCCAGAAGGUCACUUGGAUUGUGCCUCACUAUUAUCCGUUCAAGCCACAGUCCCGCCAGGAGGUGGACUUUAAGGUGAUGUCCAUCUUUGUGGAGUUCUACACCAUUAUGCUGGGCUUUACCAACUUCCGGCUGUUCCAUGCCCUCAAUCUGGCCUAUCCACCGCAAUUCCCCAGCAGCGUGCUCCAGGACAACGAAGACACGCUCAAGGACGAGGCUAGCUUCGUGUCGGAUCGUAUUGCUGCUCUGAACUUUGAGCUGCUGCGCACAGACAAGGUGCAGGAGGAUGAGGAGGAACUGGACAUUGAUAUGGAGCUGCUGGAGCAGGAUGGCGACUCAAAGCGCAUCAUCAAGAUGAAACAGGAGGCCCAGGAGGUGUCCCGCCUGCGCACACUCUUCAAGGGACUGAAGUUUUUUAUUAAUCGCGAAGUUCCCCGCGAGCCGCUGGUCAUCAUUAUCCGCUCCUUCGGCGGCAAGGUAUCCUGGGACUCGUCCAUCUACCCAGGCUCGACCUACGACGAAAUGGAUGAGACCAUCACCCAUCAGAUCGUGGACAGACCCAGUCUGGCCACCCAGUACAUUUCGCGUGACUACAUCCAACCGCAGUGGCUCUUCGAUUGCGUAAAUCAGCGCCAGCUGCUGCCAACCAACAAGUACUUCCUGGGCGAGAAGUUGCCGCCGCAUCUGUCGCCCUUCGUGGACUCCAAGCGGGACACAUACAUCCCACCCGAGGAGAAGGCCCUGCUCGAUCCCUCCUUGAUCGAAACGCAUGAGCAAAGCGAUGAAGAAUCCGAAGAUGAAGCCGAGAAGGAGGAAGAGGAAACUAUGGACCAAGAGCUGCUCGAUGCCCAGCUGCAGCUGGCCUAUCAAGAGGAAACUGCCGAAUACAAGAAAUACGGCGGUGUCGAUGGUGUCAACGAAGACGAAGAGGAUGCCGAGGAUGAUGAUGAAGACGACGACGACGAUGAUGAAGAGGACGAACUCGAUGAGAAGGCCAAGCGCCUGCAGCAGGAGAAGCAAAAGAUGUCCGUGCAGUCGGGCAAGGUGCACAAGGUGAACAAGCGGCAGGUGCACAAGGCCGAGGUCGAUGAGCAUCGCCUGCAGGCUCGCAUGGUCAAGCCCCGCCAUCGUAACCUCUUCCGCAAACUCAUCCGCGAGAAGCAGACCAAGGAGAAGGAGGAGUGGCUGCUGCGCAAGAAGCGACGCACCAUAGAGGCUGGCGAAAAGGAGGCCCGCAAGACGGCCAAGCGGGAGGCACGCAAGGAGGCGGCCGCCGCAGCGGCCAAGGCAGCCAAGCUGGGCAAAUGAGCUCAACUGGGGAGUCGUUGGGGGUUUUCAGUGUCUUGAUUUUUAGGAAUAUAAAAUAAACAAAUGAAAAUGUAUAAAAAUAA